UCAGCCCAGCUAUUCCAAGGCCUUCCUUUCCCCGGGGUUGAUUGGCCAUCCGGCCAGUCACUCGAGAUCCCAUAUGGGCUGCUAGGAAAAGUUGACUCAGAACCCCAGUUGCCCUGGGCGCCCGGCUGCAGAGGGGGGAGAUUCCCGGCGAGGCCUGACGGCAUUAGAGAUGGGCUGCCAGAGCUCCCACCCAUCCGCUAUCCCCGAGCUGGACGAGAUCAUGCUGGAAACAGGCUUUUCGCAGGCCAGCGUCGUCCGCCUCUACGACCGGUUUCAGGCCCUGGAUAAGGAGCAGAAGGGCUACCUGAGUAAAUAUGACCUGCAAGGGAUCGGGGAGCUGGCGGUGAACCCCCUGGGGGACCGGAUCAUCAAUGCCUUCUUCAAGGAGGGGGAAGACCUCAUCGAUUUCCGAUCCUUCAUCCGGGUCCUGGCCCAUUUCCGGCCCGUGGAGGAAGGAAAGUCCAAUGAUACUGGUCGCCCGGAGCCCAUGAACAGCCGACUCCGAAAGCUGCAGUUUGCUUUUCAGCUCUAUGACCAGGACAGUGACGGGAAGAUCUCCCGGGACGAGAUGCUGCAGGUGCUGCGGCUGAUGGUCGGCAUCCAGGUGACGGACGAGCAGCUGGUGUGCAUCGCCGAGCGCACCAUCCAGGAGGCCGAUCAGGACGGUGACGGCGCCAUCUCCUUCGAGGAGUUUUCCACGUCAGUGGAGAAGCUGAACAUCGAGCAGAGGAUGAGCCUCCGGCUGCUGAAGUGACCCGUCAGGAUCGGAGAGAGCUUCCCCCUCCCCACCCCAGCACUGGGAAGAUCCACUCUCAGAGGGGCUGCGGCCAAUCAGGUUUCAACUCCGCCCUCUCAUCAUCCAAUGGAUCCCACCAGGGAGGGGCUGUAUCCAAUCACACUUCAGCUCCACCUUUCUGCCUCCGCAUAGUUCCAGACAGAGAAGAGCUGCUUCCAAUCAGAUUUCAUCUCUGCCCCCUCACCUCAGGAUGGAUCCAGUCUGACAGGGGCUGCAUCCAAUCAGAUUUUACCUCUCCCCUUGUCUUGGGAUGGAUCCAGGCAGAGGAAGGCUGCAUCCAAUCAGAUUUCAUCUCUGCCCCUUCACCUCAGAAUGGAUCCAGUCUGACAGGGGCUGCAUCCAAUCAGAUUUCACCUCUUCCCCUUGUCUUGGGAUGGAUCCAGGCAGAGGCAGGCUGCAUCCAAUCAGAUUUCAUCUCUGCCCCUUCACUUGAGGAUGGAUCCAGUCUGACAGGGGCUGCAUCCAGUCAGA